AGUUUUUAUUUGAAAAAUCAUCGAUUUGCUCUGCGCGAGGUAGUCGUUAAAUCCAUGCGUACGAAGUAGUGUCAUGUUGGUUUACUCUUUCGUAGCGGCAGCGGUCGUGGGGCCAUUUUCAACACGCUGGAUUCGAAUAAUUGCAAUUGCUCUAUUCACUGGGUUAAAAUAUCUCUAUUAUUUAGUCGCGAAAACAAAAAGCUGUUAUUGCGCUGCUCUUCUGAUGUAAACUUCCGGAAGAAGACCAUAUUUUUUAGCUGUUGUUAUUGAAGCGUGAGCCUUAGUUAAGAUGGAGAACGAAGUUGUUGUUGCAUUAAUGAGGUUUCAAUUUUUCUUAAGCAAAGAUGAAGUGACGUGAAAAAGCCUUUUUAAAAUUAACAAUUCUAGGAUGGCUUAAAAGGAACUAUGUUAAAUUGCUUUUAUGUUACAAUUUAGAGAGUUUUUCACGGGAAACUUUUGUCUUAUUCAGCAAAACAAACGAACAUAAGUAACAAAACCAAUUUUUAUUAUAAUGCAUAUAUAGCUAUGUAUUUAAGAAUCGUAGCUACCUUAAAGGGAAGAAAAGUUUGCGCAAGUAAAGAUUGCAGAAUUAAAGAUUGUGAACUUAUAGUGAAAAAAAUCGCAAAUUCCGAAACUAAUGAUUGAUGUCGUCAAUGCAGUUAUUUUAAAAUUUCCGAAUUAGCGAAUAUAUUUCGAAUGUGAAAUUGAGAAGAUUGAAAACAUUGGAUAGUUGAAUUUCUUUAAACAACUACAACAGUGAUUACUGCAUUGUAAAUGGUGUUCUUCGUAGAAGCAAUGAGUUCCAUUUUAUUUUUAUAUCGUGAAAUUUUGGGAAAAAUUUACCUCGUUCGAUUUUUGAAAUUUUUAAAAUCCCCCUCGUUUCAAAUAAGGAGAUUUCUAAAACUUUAAAAAUCGAACAAAGUGAAAUUAUCCCGUUUUCCCCUCCUAAACAUGUGAUUACUAGUACAAAUCGCGGAAUUAAAGAUUGCGAAUCUGAGAUUUUAUCAAAAAAUUCCGAAUUGAAGCAAUGACCCAUGAUUUUUUUUGAUGAAAUGCAUUUCAAUCUCAUUCAAAUCAAAAAAGCCAUGAUGGAUGUCUUUUGAAAUAAACUUUUGAAUAAUUAUUCCUGCCCGACUAAACGCCCAUGGUAAAAACAUUUUUCAAGUAAAUGUCUGAGGGCGUUAAAUCGGUUAUUUACAUCUCUACAUGAUACGCUCCUCCGGUUACCAUUAUUACAACUUGUGAAGUAUACAAGACACUUCUCUUUGUGGUGGACUAAACAAAAGAAUCUGGGAACGAAGAAGCCUCAGUGUUUUUUAAUACCACAAGAAAAAAAUAUAGAAACAUGUGUUUUUAUCUUACAGUCGUAAUAAUUUUGCGGUUGUUCUGAUAUAGAAUCUUGAAUGAAGUAAAAUCUAAAAUUUAUAAAGUUAUAGAAAAUUAAUUGAAAAAAUUUUUUAUAAAAAAUUAACCAAGGAUUUAAAUAUAGAACACCAUGGCAAAAAUUAUUUUAAGUAUUCACUGGAACAAAACAAAACAAAAAGGAUGAAUGACUUGAAAGAAGGAUAUCAAACAAGAAUAUAGUGGAAGAAGAAGCAGAUCCAACAGAAUGUCAAAAUAAAAAAGUCACUGAACAUGAUGUGUUGUUGAGAAAUGUUAUACAAGCACUGAGAACGUCCACACUGUGUUGUUGUUAAAGAAAUUUGGAAAAGCGCGCAAAAUCAUUUUAAUUUGGUAUUCUAGUGACGUAUCCCGGAGGAAGAACCAAAGUUAAGUAAAAUUGGAAGUUGUUUUCGGUUGUACUUCGAGAAAAUAUGAAACAAAGCAAAAGAAGUAAAAGAUACAGAAAACAAAUUGAUGUGAAAGAAGAUGAUUAUGAAGAAAAUCACUCUCAAAAUAACGCUGACCAUGGGAUGACAAAACACAGAGUGAUUAGCCACUACCACAACCCGUCAUUCAACCACCACCAGAACGCCAGAAGUGAAAGCAAGGACAACAUAAAUGCAAAGCGGCAUUAUUCCACCCAACAACCGCGCAGUCACCGUCAUCACCAUCAUCAUCAUCUCAGAAAAGCAAGUACCCAGCAUGAUCAUGCACACCAUCACCAUCAUCACCGGUACGAUGUAAAUAACAACAACAACAACAACGACAACAACAACAACGACAACAACAAUAACAACAACGAUAAUAACAACGAUAAUAAUAAAAACAACAACAUUCUCACUCCCACAGAAUAUCAGAUAUUAGAUAUUUUUGAUCUACCACCAAUCAAGGCAACUGUCGAAGAAGCAAAGCCGAGUAAGCACGCGAAAAAAGUUCAAAAAGAAACGUUUUACCGCUCUGUAAAACAACCAAAACGCGAACAACACACGGUAAAUUCACACAGGAGUCAACAUGCGUCGUCGCAAGAUGAAACACGCGGGGAACACAUAUCGCACGCGCCUGAAGAGCUAUGUCAACCUCAUGUUCAAGUUAUUAGUUCAAGUCUAAGCAAUAUUAAGGAAAUAAACAUAGACAAUAAAACAGAGGAAACGAAUAAUGAACCGCACACAGAGCGAGUCAAAUUACGAAAGAAACACGAGAAACGAAAUACGCCGAGAAAUAGCGAUGGUAAAAUUCGUAAAAGAUUACCACCCCUUGCCUUUCCUGAAUAUAAUAUUUCAAGUGCGGAAAAACGUUUGUCUCUCCAAGAACCUAAAAGCGCGCGAACUAAGAAAGUUCAUAGAAGUACAACACUGUAUUGGGAAGAACUACCAAAGGGGCACACAAGUGCCGACAAUAUCAUUUAUGCUGUCGGAAAAGAAGCGCAAAUACAAAGUCGAUACACUGAAACAAUUAUUCACAGUGCUUCAACGAAUGGCCAGUUAGAUAUCGUGAAGUUUUAUGUCGAGAAAAACAAAUAUUUGAAUGAACAAAAUGGCUACCUAAACACUGCUUUACACUGCGCUACGUUCCAUAAACAUUUGGAUAUUAUUGAUGUGUUGUUAGAGAGUGAAGCAGAGAUGAAUUUACAAAAUGUUGAAGGGGAUACAGUGCUUCACCUCGCCGUCGAUAAAGAACUAACAGAAGUUGUGAGAAGAUUUCUUGAACGAGGUUGCAACGUGAAUUUGCAAAAUGAGAACGGAGAAACACCAUUACACAUUGCCGUCCACCGUAAAAAUGACGACGUCGUUAAGCUGUUACUUCAAAAUGGCGCAGAUAUGACAAUAACAAAUCACCAUGGUAACACAGCGCUUCAUAGUUCUGUACAUUUUUUUGCGUUGAUGGAAACUAUUAAUACACUUGUGGACGCACUUACGAAACAAGAAAAGGAAAAACAUGGAUGCACUCACGACGAAGAAUAUAGUAGUACGCAUAAUAAAGAAAUUGAUUUUUUUGAUGAAACAGACGGCUGUCGGAAUGCGAACUUAAAUUUUCAAGUAGAAGACACUAACAUGAUAGAAAGACCUGUUUUGACAAUAGAAGAUGACAAAGAAAUAGUGCAUAAGCACAGUGGAGAACAACAAAUCAAAAACAAGAAUGAAGAAGAGCUGAAUUUGAUAAACCUGACAAAUGCGAGUGGAGACACUGUACUACACAGAGCAGCUAAGUACUGCACAAGUGAAAUAAUUGAAAGCAUUCUUCAAUCAGAACAGAUUGAUUUGUUGCAAAAGAAUAAAAAAGGCAACACCGCUCUUCAUUGUGCAGCUACGCUCCCUAACGUGGAAACUGUGAAACUGCUUGUAAAUAGAGACAAACGUUUGCUCGAUGUUACAAACGGGUUGGGUAACACAGCUUUGCAUUGCGCCAUUGAAAGAGGUCAUGUUGAAACAGUUGAAUUUUUGUUGGGUUCAGCAGCAAGAAGUGAUAUCAAAAACUAUGCUGGUAACACAGCAGUUCAUGCCGCUAUUCUCAACGAGCAACACACAAUACUUAAUGUCCUUUUUCAACACGAUGCUAGAUUGGAUGCAGCAAAUUGUGAAAAUGAAUUACCAAUACAUACUGCAUUCAAGAAAAGAAAUGUUGAUAUAUUUAAAUGCGUACUCGGUAAAAGCAAAAAUUAUAUCAACGACUUCUACAAUCAAGACGGCACUUUACUUCACAUGACGUUUAAGAAUACUUUUACUGCCGAUAAAAAUGACGUCUUUCUUGAAAUGUUGAUUCAUAAUUUCGCUGACGUUAACAUCCAAGACAACGACGGCCAACACACCACUGCAUCUGGCGAUAAAAAAACGUCGAAAAAAAGCGAGCGAACUUCUUGUUAUGGUUGAUGGGGUAAAUUUAGAAGUUAGAAACAACGAGGGACAUACCGCUCUCCAUCUUCUUGCGCAAUUUAAUGAAAUAGAUUUAUUCAGUAAAAUGAGGAUAACAAAAAAAGAAUUGGACGUUACCAACAACAACGGAGAGACAGCUUUGAACAUUGCUAUCAGACACAACUAUAGUGAUUUAUCUAUCUUGCUUUUAAAGAUAGCCUGGGACCUAGAUUUUAGUCUGUAGAAAGACUGACAUAUGUGUAAAAUAAUUAUAUCAUCAGCUUUUUUAAACAAGAAAGAACAUUCUGUUUAAACUACUCUGGUUUUAACGCACAUUUCUUACAAGGUUCUUUUGCAACUUCGUCUCCAGCG